AUGUACAUCAUCACUCAGAUUCUUGUGUUGGACAACUCGGUGCUCAACUGGCGGUUAGUGUGCUCCUAUGUCCCCGCCCUUCCUUUUAUUAUCAAUACUUGGGUCUCUGGUGAUAUCACGUCGGCAGUGGGUACUCGCUGGCUGUGGGGGAUAGGCAUGUGGGCAUUCAUCAUGCCGUUGGCGUGUGUGCCCUUGCUAGCAAUGAUGGUCCACAUUGAGUGGAUGGCUCGUCGUACUCCCCAGUGGAAACAACUCAUUAGUUCGAGAGAUACUCAAGAGGAUGAGGAGACUGAACUGGCUCAACAGAAAGUGUCAUGGAAAGAAUAUUUUGUCGAUUUGUUCCAUAAGCUUGACGUGGUGGGUCUCUUCCUCGUGGCAGCAGUGCUUGCGUUGAUCCUUGUUCCCUUGACCACUGCUGGCGGUGUCAAAACUCAAUGGGGCACCGCAAAGAUCAUUGUGCCUCUCGUGAUUGGUGUGUGCAUGAUUCCUGUAUUUGUGUUGUGGGAAUCAAAGUUUGCCGUAAACCCUUUAUUACCGGGACACCUCUUGAGAGAGCGUGGGGUGUGGCUGGCGAUUGGCAUUGCUGUAUUCAUCAACUGGGUGUGGUAUAUGCCUAACGAUUACAUGUACACUGUGCUUGUGGUAGCAGUUAAUGAACUGGUGAAGCUGGCAACUCGUAUCGUCAAUCUUUAUACUUUUGUCUCGGUGAUCACCGGUUCCAUCCUUGGGCUCUUUGUCGUCAAAUUCCGCCGCCUCAAACCGUUUAUUAUUUUCGGCAUUUGCAUGUGGUUUGUCGCUAACGGCUUACUUAUUAAAUUCCGUUCCGGCGAUGAUGCUCGUCUGGGAAUUAUUACCGGGCUUGUGCUCCUUGGUUUCGGUGCUGGUUUCUUCAUCUACGCCACUCAGGCACUGAUUCAAUCGUGUACCAGUCAUAAACAUAUGGCAGUGGCCACGGCUGCCUAUUUAUCACUGUACAAUGUUGGUUCGGCUCUUGGGGCGUCGAUUUCAGGGGCGGUUUGGACGCAGACACUUUAUAAACGACUUUUGCAGUACAUGGGUGACGAAGCUUUAGCCACCAGGGCUUAUGGGUCUCCUUUUGAAUUCAUUGUUGAUUACCCUUGGGGAACUCCAGUUCGAAAUGAAAUGGUGCAGGCGUAUCGUGAAGUGCAAAAGGCUCUUUGUGUCAUUGGUAUAUGUCUUGUCGCCCCCAUGUUACUUUUGCUGUUCUUCCUCAGAGACCACCAGCUUGCUCUGACUCAAGAAUUGAAGGAUAUUGAAGAAAAGGAAGCAAAAGACAGGUACAAAGGUUUGUUCAACGUUCUAUUCAAAAGAAAAAGACAGUCGGAGAGUGCGGGGGUGGCUGAAAUGGAGACUGAAGUGGACGCUAUGAGACAGGUUGAUACUAAGGCUAACGUCGAAUCCAAGAUCGAAAGCGUCGAUGUAAAAAGUGAUAGCGUCGAUGUGAAGACUGACAGUUUUGACGACAAAGUCAAAGAAGCAACGAUCAAGGAGAGAAGUGUCAUCACAGUUGACCAAAUGUACAAAUAG